AUGGCGGCGCUGCGGCUCCUGGCAGCUGCCCUGGGCGGCCGGGUCUGCGCCCGGUGCGUCGGGCCUGCGCGCCCCCUGGGCUGCGCGCGCCGCUUCGCCACCGGUUCCCCCGCGCGCGUCCAGUUCUGCACCGACCCGGGGGAGGCGCUGCGGGGCGUCUCGGACGGGGCGACCGUCAUGAUCGGCGGCUUCGGGCUCUGCGGGAUUCCCGAGAACCUGAUCGCCGCGCUGCGGGACGUGGGCGCGAAGAACCUGACGGUAAUCAGCACCAACGCGGGCGUGGACGACUUCGGCCUCGGCGUCCUGCUUACCGCCAAGCAGGUGCGCCGCGUGGUCUGCUCCUACCUGGGCGAGAGCGCGGUGUGCGAGCGGCAGUACCUGGCUGGCGAGCUGGAGCUGGAGAUGACGCCGCAGGGCACCCUGGCCGAGCGCAUCCGCGCGGGCGGCGCCGGCGUGCCCGCCUUCUACACGCCCACGGGCUACGGCACGCUGGUGCAGGAGGGGGGCGCGCCCAUCGCCUACUACCCCGAUGGCCACUUGGCAGUGCUCAGCCAGCCCCGGGAGGUGCGCGAGUUCGGCGGGAAGCACUACCUGCUGGAGCACGCCCUCCGCGCCGACUUCGCCCUGGUCAAGGGCUGGCGGGCUGACCGCGCGGGCAACGUGGUCUUCCGCGGGAGCGCCAGGAACUUUAACGCGCCCAUGUGCAAGGCGGCCGACGUGUCCGUGGUGGAGGUGGAAGAGAUCGUGGAUGUGGGCACGUUCGCCCCGGAAGACAUCCACGUGCCCAACAUUUACGUCAAGCGCGUGAUAAAGGGGGCCAAGUUCGAGAAAAGAAUUGAACGUUUAACCACGCGGGCUGGGCAAGGCGAGCCAGCCACCACAGCAGGUGACAUCAGGACCCGGAUCAUCAAGCGGGCGGCUCUGGAGUUUGAGGAUGGCAUGUAUGCCAACCUGGGCAUAGGCAUCCCUCUCCUGGCCAGCAACUAUAUCAGCCCCAACAUGACCUUGCAUCUGCACAGUGAGAACGGGAUCCUGGGCCUGGGCCCGUUUCCGUUGAAAGAGGAGGUGGAUGCAGACAUCAUCAAUGCAGGCAAGCAGACGGUAACCGUGCUGCCUGGGGGCUCUUUCUUCGCUAGCGACGACUCCUUCGCCAUGAUUCGCGGAGGACACAUCCAACUGACCAUGCUGGGGGCCAUGCAGGUUUCCAAAUAUGGAGACCUGGCCAACUGGAUGGUACCUGGCAAGAAGGUGAAGGGGAUGGGCGGAGCCAUGGAUCUGGUGUCCAGCGCCAAAACCAGAGUGGUGGUCACUAUGGAGCACUGCACGAAGACAAAGACCCCCAAAAUUCUGGACGAGUGCACCAUGCCGUUGACUGGGAAGCGCUGUGUGGACCGCAUCAUCACUGAGAAGGGCGUGUUUGAUGUGCACCCGAACAGAGGGCUGACGCUGGUGGAGCUGUGGGAGGGCUCCACCGUGGACGAGGUCCAGACUAGCACAGGCUGUCCUUUUGCUGUGUCCCCGAACCUCAGGCCCAUGCAGCAGGUGGCGCAGUGAGGGUGGAGCAGC